UUUACCAAUAUGGACCAGAAGCUGUAAAAAGACGAAAAAAGGGCAGAAUAAUGACCCAAAACCACGUGUCAGGGAUGGAGACAUCCGCCAUCUCGGUCCUGAAGCGGGCGGUGGAGCUGGACCAGAGCAGCCGCUUCCAGGAGUCUCUGGUCUGCUACCAGGAGGGCAUCCAGCUGCUCAUGGACGUGUUAAAAGCUGUGAAAGAUGAGUCAAAGAAGGGACACUACAGGGGGAAGAUAAAGGGCUACAUGGACAGAGCAGAGCAGAUCAAAGCUCAUGUGAACCAGCUGAAAGAAGAUGGGAAAUACCACGAGCAGAUUAGAAUAGCAGAGGAUGCGACUGGCUACAGCUACGAGGUUUUGUUCAAGCCGUACGUCAGCAGUUUACUCACAGAGGUCUGGGUGGAAGAUCCGUACAUACGACACAUCCACCAGUUGUACAACUUCCUGCGGUUCUGUGAAAUGCUGGUUAAAGCGCCCUGCAAGGUGAAAAAGAUCCAUCUGCUCACUGCACAGGAUGAAGCGGAUAGCGGCCAGCAGAGCAGCGCUCUGGCCGAGCUGAAGGACAGUCUGAGUGCUCAGGGAGUCACUCUGGAUCUGCAGUACUCGUCCUCCAUACACGACAGGGAGAUCAGGUUUAACAAUGGUUGGAUCAUCAAGAUAGGAAGAGGGCUGGAUUACUUCAAGAGACCAAAGGGACGAUUCUCUAUCGGAUAUUGUGACUAUGACCUGAGGCAGUGCCACGAGACCAGCGUAGACAUUUUUCACACCAAACACACGAAAACACUAUGAGAUUUAUAUAACUGGACGUCCUACCUGCCCUCAAAACGCACAGACAGAUCUGCUGUGCGGUUGGAUUUGCCUUAACACACAGGUGCAUGUUAACAGCUGUUUAACUGAGCAGUUUUUAUCAGGUUUUACAGUUCUGCUUCGUGUCACGCUGGCCCUGUAUGUCUCUAAUUUCAGUCAACUGUGUGAUUUUGUUAUUGGACAUUUCUUCAAUGUCACAAGAGGUUAAUGCAAAACACUGAUUUUUUUUUUUUUUUUUUACUCUUAAAGCUUUUUAUCUGUAACUUUUUUUACACGUUUCUGUUGUUCAUACUGCCACCUGGUGGAAAAAUUUAUUAAGACAUUUUAAAAUAAUUUUAAUAAAUUACAUUAAUCAAUACUUCUGACUAAUUGACACCAAAAACAUUAUAUUAAGUUUAGUUUUACAAAUUCUGCCCGAUGAAAGCAUCACUGGUGAUGCCUUCACAGGUUGAAAUAUGAGGUGGGCGGGGCUAGUCAAAGCGGGUUCAAUUACAGUAAAGAAGCAAAGGUAACAUUUGAAAAAAAAACUUUUUAUGGCCCCAAAAGUUUGUAGUUUCAGUAGUUAUCAAAAACAAAAAAGGGAAAAACGUAAUUUAACAGGUAUUUCAGCAUCAUAUUUGCAUAAUGAUUGAAGUUGUUAACAUUACUACUUGUAAUGCUCUGCAAAUAUAAUGUUGAAAUACCAGCAAGUUACUGCAAACAUGUAGUUAAACUACUAGUUUUGUGAGAUGUAGUUCACAAACACUGAUUAAAUAUUGACAUACAGGCUAACAUCUAUGACAUAUGGUUAAUACAGAAAUCUAAAUAAUCAAAACAUGCAUUAAUAUCUGUCAUUUUCAGUGAACCUACAGCUUUGUAUAUUUGUAUGAGAAAGAUGGUUUAGUGUACGCGACAUGUUCAGGGUUUCAAAUGUCGGUCAUUCCUCAUACUGAGUUUAAUGAAAUUAUUUACCCCAUUAAAAAAAAACAAUAAUGGGAAAAAAAUC